GAAUUGCGUCUCAAAUUGAAGAACACGGUGGAACCGAUUCCGGUGGGAUUGGCUAGUUGGCUAUGCAGCAUUUGUGAUUAUUUCGAACCCUAACCUGAAUCUGAGCAGUUUUUGGAAUCCCAACAUUGCUUUGGGACUCGGAAUCAUUCGAGACGGUUUCUAAGCUUGAAAGAGGUGCAGAAAUAAUGCAGCAGAAGCUCCAUCCCCCAAUUCACACACCACACAUGCUCUCCUUCCCCUUGAAAGAGGAAUACGUUGGUUCUGAAAAGGUUGAUGGUGGUGCACUUGUAUCUUGUUCUUGGCAUCUUUGCUCUCACCCCCCAUUUUGAUUGCACCUCUUCUUCCGAAGUGACCUUGAAACUUACGAGGCUCGAUCUUGCCAAAUGGUGCGCCACCUCUCGCUUUUAUUGCCUUCCUCUCCCGUUCCUUCUGCUCGCUUCUUCCGUCUGAGCAUGCGCCUGCUAUUAAAUGACGUGUACUCAGCUGUUCGUUGCCAGUGUCCGAAUUAUUAAUAGGAACGACAAGUUGGUCUGUGCCAAAGUCGAAGUGAAAGAUUAAAGCCUAAACACCGAGUAAACAACAGCACAGCCGCAUAGUCAAAAGUAGUCCAAUAGAUUGACGAACCAUUGAAACUCCCAUGGCAACAGUAGCCAUUUCACCUUUGUUUUUCCGUAAACCACUCCUGUUGUAGCGCUAAUUAUUUUCUUUACUGUACACAACCAUUGAAAUUGAAAGUGGAGUGGGCAGGCAGUUCGCAUUCAUCAUUAGCUCAUCAUUACAUGUAUUUCAGUAGCAGAAGAACGCGCUGACCGGCUAAGCCACGUCUUCCCUCAACUCUACACUCUCCAAGCAAAUCUCCAAAGCGCAAAAGCAAAGCUGCCAGUCUUCAUCACGAACUGGCUAGAAUCAAUCAGGCGACAGAGUUCACUUGACUUGGCAAAGGUUCACAGAGCUUGCCACGCAUUCAUCCCUGAUAGAAGCAAUACCGAAGAGAGCGAGUACUGGUACUCAGAGUAGUGAACAAAACCAAAAGCCAAGCCAAAAAGGAAAAUCGCGUCUGUAUUACCAUAGUAACAACAAUACUCAGCGGCAGGAAAGCAGACAAGGCUUUCUGGAGCUAUCAAUCAACAGCAACAGGUCAACCAAACCAGAGAGAGCUCCGUGCAGUUUCGGUGCUCUUUGGAAGAUCAAAGCGAAGCCACCUAGCUAGAGCAAGCUAGCUAGUGGUUGCCACAACAAUUUCUUUCUACCAAGACGAUUUGUUAGUUAGUUCAACUCUCAAAAAGUCAGGAGCAUCAGCGUCAACAAACAACCCAUAAUAGCCAUCAUGACCACCGCGGCCAUGCCCUCGAGUUCCCCCUACUACGCUCGAACCGUCAGUCAUGAGAGUGUGAGCAGUCUGGUCCACGACGAGCAACCGAGUGUGAGCAGUGUGAGCACUCGUACGUUGGCCGAUUUGCCCUUUACGGCCGAUCUACCACUCUAUCGACGCAAAGACUUGGAGAUUGGAGAAUUGUUGGGCCGAGGACGUUUCUCGCAAGUUCAUGCCAUUGAUCGGAUCCGUCAUCGCACUCCUGGUGACAACGAGUACGCAUACACGGAACACCGCUACGUGAUGAAACACAUUCAAAACAAACUCUUUGCCAGUCGCCAUCAUCGCAAGUUUGCCAAGGACUUGACGUCGGCCAUUGCCGAUUUGGUCACCGAAGCCAUGUACUUGACCAAAUUGCGUCAUCCUCAUAUUGUACAACUGCGAGGACUCACAUUGGGUGGGACGUCCGUCCUCAAACGCAAGGGAGCCGUUGGUGGGGAUUACUUUUUACUGCUCGAUAGUAUGGAGGAAACACUCGAUCAGCGCAUUCAGUUGACUUGGAAGAAACUGUACGCCACGGGAAGAAAAAGUAGUAGUAACAGCAGCAGUGAACAACAGCAACAACAACCACGGCAGCCCCUGUCGCUCCUUCUGGCCAAAACACGGUACGCUUGGCAAAUGGCAGACGCCAUCAAGUACUUGCACGAUCAUCAAAUCCUAUAUCGAGAUUUAAAGCCCGAGAAUGUUGGGUUCAUUCUGGAUUCUUCGGCUCCACAUGAUGACAACGACGGUGACGGUGACGACAAGAAGCAAUACAAGUUGCAACUCUUUGACUUUGGUUUGGCACGGGAACUCGACGAACCAGCAUCGAACGAAUCCAAACUCUACUCGCUGUCCGCUAGUGGCACACGUCGUUAUAUGGCACCGGAAACAUUCAAUCCACCCGGAAAGUACAAUUACAAAGCAGACGUCUACUCCUGGGCCAUGGUGCUCUACGAAAUGUUGAGUCAUAUAAAACCAUUCGCCCUCUUUACGUGUCAGUUGCACGAAGAACUCGUCUGUCGACUCGGUGGACGACCGCGCAUAAAGGAGAUUCAAUGGCCGGCGGAAUGUCAGACGGACGAAUCGGCACGAUUGCUAGCACGGGAAUUGGAAACGUUGUUGCAUCAAGCAUGGAAUCAAAACUUGCAACAACGAUUGAGCAUGGCGGCGGUGUGUGAUCGAGUGCAAGAGAUUCUGCAACAUCAAGGACAAGCAGCGCAACAACGAGUGGAAAUUGAAGAAGACUACGACCAACAACGACUCUCCGCCAAAUUGAAAUCCUUGUCCAACAACAACAACUCUUCUGCCAACUUGGAAGAUUCGGCCGCCAUGAUUAUUUUUCAAAAGAAGACGUCCACUUCGGAACUGACCAUUGCCACCGAAUCAAUGGCCAGUGACUCGGAACUCGACGAAGAUCAUCCGAGAGGUCGAUGGAGCCAUUCCAGUGCUCGAAGUAGCAUUAGUAGCAAAGGGACGCUCUUUGUGCGAGAAUGAAUGAAAAAGGAUGGAUUGUGGAUCAGAAGGAAAAUGAAGGGCUUUGGCAGGAGAGUAGGAUACCAGCACGCCUCCGUCACAAAAUGAAAUGAAUAACGUCAAGGUGGGGUGACGCAAAACUUGCCGUACCGACAUGUACAUAAACAGGGUAACAAUGAUAGAAUUGACAUUUGG